AUGGCGCUCGUGGCUUCUCAGUACGCGCCGGCCGCAAACGACUACACCCAGCACGGCCCGUACGAGUGGGAGAGCCAGAAGACGGGGAUGCGCAUGGAGCCCUCCACGGGCUGCAGGGGUAGGCAGUGCUCCAUGACUGUGACGGUCACGCGGCCGCAACUGAAGCCGGGCGAGGGCUAUGCCCCAGAUCGCAAGCCGCCCUUUCCGAUUGUCUUCUUCCUCAACGGUUUCCAGAUGGUCUCGACUUACUACAAGGACUACGUCGAGCUGCUGACCUCGUGGGGCUAUGUGACGGUCCAGUAUGACCUUCCCGCCUUUGUGGUGCCGACCGACAGCGCCGAGGUGAGGUACCUGCAGCAGAUGUUGGACUGGCUGGAGGGCCAGCACAAUACAAUUGGUACUUUCGUGCAUGGACUCAUCGACAUGGAAAGGAUGGCAGUGUCGGGGCACAGCAGGGGAGCCAAGCUGGCGGCACUGCACUUGGCACAAAACCCAAAGGUGAAGACUGCCUACUUGAUCGAUCCAGUGGACAGCGACAAGAGGUUUCGCAAAGAGAGUGUAGAAAACCCAAGUGCUGUGAGAGCAUUAGCAACAGGUUCCGGAUGGCAAGUUGGCAUCGUAGGUGCAGAGAAAGUGGGAAGUUGCAAUCCGGUGGGAGCGAAUUAUGAGAAUUUCUGGGCUGCAGUAGGGAAUGGUUCAUGGCUCACUGUUGUGUCAAAUUCCUCGCACUCUCAGUUUCUCAAGGCACCGCCCCUUGCUGCAGCGUUCUUCAAUUUUCUGUGUGGAACUGGUGGUACAAGUGCAAAGGACGUAAUUCUUGCAACAAGACCGGGUUUGGUGGCGUGGAUGGAGGGAGCUUUGUACCAGCCAUGCCCAUCCGGAGCUGCAUCUUCGAAUGGGGGCCCAUCAGAACUUCGGGCAAGAUCUUACCUCGACGCAUUCUUUCAGUGGGUGCAGCGUAUGGAGAUGCAAGCGGUUCUCAAGUUCAUCGUCAAGGAACCUGCUGCUCCCGCAGUGGAUGCGGAGGACCCACAGACGGCAGAACAUGUGAAUGCUGGGGCAUCGAUCUGA